UGAUACGAGGGCGUCUCAGUAGCGAUCCGUAGCGUCGUAAGUAGUGGUGGUGGUGUUGAUGAAGGCUUGGAUUUGUUAUACAUAUCAGACAGAAUGGAUAAUGUUGUUAUAUCAUUGUUAUUGUUUUUAACGUUAAUAAAUUUUGGAUAUUGCACGCAAAGAACUUUACGAUCAUGGGUGAAUCCUGACUGUGGCGAAUUAUGUAAAGACACAAAUUUGACAACAGUUUACCUAAGAGCUGAUGGUCUUAAUGAUACAUUGCACUAUCUAUGGGAUUUUGGUGGCAAUCCGUCUGUACUAUUAGCUCUUACUUCGUCUUCAGCAUCUCUCAAUAUAAAUUGGGAGGACUUUCUUGCAAGGAAAAAGUAUUCUAUAAACUUUACAGAAACACCUGUUUAUACUUUUGGUGUAAUUAUAAAUAAGAUUAUAGAAUUUAAUGAUAUAAAUGACACAGCAUUGAUAAACAUUAAUAAUGUUAUAAACACAAGUGUUCUAUAUCCUAUGUUUUUCCAAUGGGAGCGCAAGAUUUUGUUACAAGACAAUGAAUUUGUUUCCUUGGAGAUGGAAGGCAACACUUAUAAUGAUAUUCUUACAAAUACCAGCAGACAUGGGACAAUGAAGCUUUCGCUAAGAGGAUUUUGUACCCUGGACCAUUCAGAAAUAAUGCCUCACAUGUUGCAUACAGAGAAUUCUACUCAGGUGGACAUUAUACUUGACCAUGUACAAACGAAUAACAACUUUUCCCACAGUAGAUUUGCUAUUGAAUUACUAGUAGUAGGAGGAGGAGAUCCAGAAAUACCCAUGUUCAUUAAUCCUAAGAAGAGUUUAGAUGACGAACACACUCCAGGUGUAUUUGAGGUUGUUGAAGUUAGAACUCCACCUCAUACAAAUAUGGAUGAUUAUCAAACACAAGGUGCUUAUCUGCAAUGGAGACCAGUCUCUUAUACAAGUAUAUCUCGUGAAAUAGCGAAUGCCACGGAAAUAAUACAAUACCCGCCAUUGAAAGUAUCCGACCACACAAAUGCGAUUAAAAAUUCAAUGUUGUACUGUUAUUACGGAGACGAAGUGGACAAUUUACUCACGCAAAGGAUCAUAGUUUCACUAGGUGCGAAAGGGGAUGGUUUCUAUAAAAGGACGUACUACUCUACAUGGACGUUUUUAAUUGGUUACGGCACACCGCCGAACGAAAGAUUUUCUUACUUGGUGAUACUGAUUAUUUCAAUUGGCCUUGGCCUCCCGCUCAUUAUCCUGAUAGCGACUAGUGUGUUUCUAUGCAUUCGAAAGAGUCCCAAACGGAACAGUGAUACGUAUAUAAGUCAAUGAAGGGGCCUUUAGACGUUAAACAAAAUUCCGACUACGUCGUGUUCGAUAGAAUUCAGAGCACGUUUAGUUGCAUUUACGAGAUACCACCGUUAGACAAAUACAAAAAGAGAUUUACUAUAUUUAUAAAUAGCACAUAUAUUUUUUACACGAUUUUUCAAGUUGACCCACGAAUCAACUUGAAGAAUACAUUAAUGUAAUGCAAACGAACUAUUCUGUACAAAUUUAUACACGUUUCAUUAAUAAAUCAAAACUAC